ACUUAUAAAAAUCUGUGUUUAUAUGUGUUACAAAUUUGUGUGGUUAAAUACUUUAAGAGUUAAAUACAAAUUGUGUUAGGUAGGUAUUUUUUACAUUCAAUCGAACAUAGCUAAUAUUGAAAAAUAUUAUACUCUUAUUUAUUUUUGAAGGUUUUAAAACAAAAUCUUCUAUGGUUAGAUGAAUGGGAAAAAAAUCUGGAAGAUGGUCUUAUACAAGAAAAAAAAUUCCUCACUAAAACUACUGCAGAAUCUUUAAGGCUAACACUAAAGUCUACAAUUGAUUUAGUAUUAUUUUUAUUAGAAGAUUGUGGUUUCACCUAUGUUUUGACUUCAAAACUAAACCAAGAUAGUUUAGAAAAAUUAUUUGAUAUAAUACGACAAACCUCUGGGCCAAAUGAUCACCCAACUACACCAACUUUCCUCCAACUUUACAGAUUAUUGUCUGUUUGCUCAUUAGUUAAACCACCAAAAAGUGGGAACUGUACAGUUAUUGAUGAUAUGGAUUAUACACCAUCAAUAACUUUAACUGAGUUAAAAAAUGCAAUAAAAGCAAACGAUGAAUCAUUUGUCAGAGAAGCAAAAAUUGAGAAACUAAAAAAUUAUAUAGACAAAGUAGUUGAGGAAGGAAAAUGGGACAUGGAUGAUAUAUUUAGAGAAACCAAUUUUAAAGAUGAUACAACAUUUAAUUGUGUUGUGUAUUAUUUGGCAGGGUAUUUGGCGAGAAGGCUUAGUAAGAAAACAAAAUGUCAACUUUGCCUAUCAGGAAUUAAAAAUAAUGAUUGUACUAAUAACUUACCUGCAGCUAAGUUAACAAACCUUAAGUCUCGUGGUUAUUUGACACAACCAGAUAGUGGCUUUUAUAUUUUGCUAAGAGAAAUUGAAAAUUCAUUUGAACUUAAUGCUCAAAGCCCAAAUGUUUUUGAUGAUACUAUAGACCAUUUUUUUAACAAGAAUUAUUUAAUUCCAUUUCCUUGUGAUGAACAUAAACAUGAAAUAGUUCAGUUUAUUUUUGUGUCUUAUUUAACCAUGCGAAUGAGACAAUUCACUUGGAUGAAUAAUAAACAAACAAAAUCUACAAACAAAGUGAAGAAAAAAUUGUCAAAAUUAGUUCCUCAUUAAUUAUUUUCAAAUUCUAAG